AUGGCACCAGCUACUCCACGUGGUGGAACUCAGUGCUGCAUUCCGAGCUGCAGACACAACUCUGCACGCCACAGGGAUGUCUCCUUUCAUUGCUUCCGGAAAGACACAGCAACUCGUGACCUCUGGGUUCAGGCACUUGUCGAAAACACAACCGUACCUGCAUCCUGGAAGCCAGGGCUAAGCCACAGGAUCUGUGGAGCUCAUUUCAACGUCCUUGGCAAGAGGAAAUACAUGGACAAAGUACCAUGGUUGUUGAAGCCUGGUACAUUCAUUCAGACGACGCAUCAGACAUGUCGUUCUGUCAAUGAAGAGCCGUCUCUUCUCGAAGUGGCUGAUGAGACAACAGUGGAGACGUCCUUCGAAGGGCUCAGUUCAACUGAUGUAUCGUGCUCCGAACAAGAGUCUAGCUUCAGUGUGUCACACCAUGGAUAUGAUGCAGCAGAAGAAUCAAAGAUUCGUGAGGAGCUUGCACUACUUUCAAAAGAAAAUCAGGAACUCAGGAAACUGAGCUCAAGGCUGCUUCAGGAGAAGAGCGAUGCUGAGAAUGCCAGUGCAAAGCGUCUGGAAGCUUACACCAGGGAAGUUCAAGAUUUGGAACAGAAACUUUGUGCUGCACAGGUGGAUCGACAAAAGUUGCAGUCGCAUAUUCAAGAACUCCAGAGAAGACUGCAGCGACAUGAACACAGUGAGCGUCACCUGCCUAAACCAACUCCAUCGGACGUUCUAAAGGACAAAUUUUUAUGCGAGUACCUUGACAAAGCACCGAUAUGGCCAAGCAGAGACAUUGUAGACGAGUUCAUGCCUGAAGUGUUCAGGGAGUCUUACACGUCAACAAGAGUUAUCUUGGACUGCACGGAGCUGUACAUUGAAACCCCAAGUGACUUUCGUGUUCAAAGUGACACCUAUUCCACGUACAAGUCCCACAACACAGCAAAAGGUCUGAUCGGAAUUGCUCCUAAUGGUUUUGUGACAUUUGUUAGUGACCUAGCGCCUGGAAGGAUUUCGGAUAAGGCACUGGUUCGGCAAAGUGGGUUGUACAAGUUGCUCGAGGAAGGAGAUGCUGUCAUGGCAGACAGAGGCUUUCUGAUCAAAGAGGAUCUUGCUGACCUCAAAGUUGACCUGCACAUUCCUCCAUUCUUAAAUGGCGCCUCUCAGUUGUCUCUUGCAGAUGAAAGUACAACUAGGGCUAUUGCAAAAGCACGGAUUCACGUGGAGCGUGUUAUCAGAAAGCAGGAUGCUGCUGUGCUGUAA